CUCCCCACAGCGGAGCCCCCCCCGGACCCCCCAAGCACCCCAUGGAGGAACGCAGCCGCCUUCUGGAUCCUGGGGCUCUGUAACAACCUCCCCUAUGUGCUGAUGCUGAGCGCGGCGCGGGACAUCGUGGAGCUCCAGCAGGGGGCGCCGGUGCCCCAUAGCAACAGCUCUCGCUAUGACUGCAACCAGCUCUCGACUGGGGCCGUGCUCCUCGCCGACGUCCUCCCCUCGCUGCUCAUGAAGCUCCUGGCGCCGCUCGCACCCCAUUGGCUGAGCUACGACCGUCUCAUUGGCCAGCGCCGCCUCGGGGCUGGGGGAGGUGACGCUGGUGACCUUGGCUUCCGCCUACCCCACGGCCGCUCUAUGGGGCUGGGCCUCGGGCACGGGCGCCGCGGGGCUCUGGGGGUCGCUGUGGGGCGGGGCGGGGCUGGGGGCGGGGCUUGGCCUCUCCGGGCCCUGCUGCCCGCGGCCGCGCUGCCAAUGGGGACGGCGCUGAGCUUCUUCUUCCUCCUCCUCCCCCCCCCUCCCCCUCCCCGCCCCACGGAGCCGCCCCCCCCCACCGCGGGGGUCACGUGGGGGGAGCGCUGGGGCGUGGUCAAGGGCGCGCUGCCGGAUGCGUUCCCAUUGGCUGUCGUUUACUUGGCGGAGUACUUCAUUAACCAGGGGGUGCUGGACCUCUUGUACUUCCCCACAUCCUCCCUGACCCACAACGAGCAGUACCGGUGGGCCCAGCUCCUUUACCAGGUCGGGGUCUUCGCCUCCCGCUCCGGCCUUCCGCUCUAUUUGGGUCCUCUAUGGGUGCUGAACGCCGCUCUCCUAUUGGCUGCCGUCCUGGCGCCCUUCCUGCCCGCGGUGGGCGUGGCCUUCGCCCUCGUGCUGUGGGAGGGGCUUGUGGGGGGCGCGGCCUACGGGGGCGCCUUCCUAUUGGUGGGGCAGCGGGCGCCCCCUCGGGGGCGUGGCCUGGCCGUGGCCGUGACGUCACUGGGGCAGUCGCUGGGCGUGGCCUUGGCCGGGGUCGCGGCCAUGGGGCUGCACAAGGGGCUCUGUGCCCCAUAG